AUGGCCUCUCCAGUAACGGUGUCGCUGAGCGACAUCACGGCAGAAAAACUGGUCGACGCGUUUGGAAAGGACUCACUGGGGAUUCUCGUGGUCAAGGAUCUUCCAAAAGAAUACCACGAACUGCGCAGAAAAGUGCUCACCCAGGCCUCUUAUCUGACACGUCUAGACAAACAAAGCCUGCAAGAUCUCGAGUGUCCAGAGGGUUACUACCUCACGGGGUGGUCGCUGGGCAAAGAGAAGCUGGCGAACGGCGUGGCCGACGAGCUCAAAGGCUCGUUCUAUAUCAACUGCUCUUUUUUCAAGGACCCUAGUCUAGAAGGCCCGCCGCCAGAAGAAAGCAGGGGCUACGAAAAUUACAAGGCGUAUACGACGUGGAACAAGUGGCCGAAAGAAAGCUUGGACGAGCUCAAAGGGUUCCAGCAGAACUGCAAGGCGCUCAUCUCGCUGAUGAUCGAAAUCAGCCUCCAGAUCUGCGAAAAAAUCGAUAUCUAUUGCGAAAAACACCUCCGGAACUACCAGCCCGGCUACCUGGAGUCAAUAAUCCGAGAAAGCACCACGUCCAAGGCCAGACUGCUCCACUACCUCCCUAAUACGUCCAGCUCCCAAGCCGACUGGUGCGGCGAACACUGCGACCACUCGUGCAUCACCGCGCUUACGUCAGCGCUCUUCUUCGACGGCGACGCAGAGCUGGCCGCCAGUCCCGACCCGAGCGCCGGACUAUACAUCAGGGACCGCCGCGGCAGCGUCGUCAAGGUGAACAUCCCGCCCGACUGUCUCGCGUUCCAGAGCGGCUCUGCGCUGGACGAGGUGUCUGGCCACCAGUUCAAGGCUGUGCCCCACUACGUGAAGGGCACGGCGAUUCCUGGCAUCAGCCGCAACACACUGGCCGUGUUUCUGCAGCCGUCGCUGCACGCGAUGGUCAACGAGGACGAAACGUUCGCACAGUUUGCAGACCGUAUUCUGCGGCACAACCACUAG